AUGGCGGACGCGCCGCCCGAGAUCCUCGAGCUGAACGUAGGCGGCGUGCACUACGCAACCACACGCGACACGCUCCUCCGCGAGCCGGACUCGCUGCCGGCCGCCGCGCUCGCCAAUCCCGAACAUCCGCGCGACGCCCGCGGUCGUAUCUUUUUCGACCGCGACGGCGUACUCUUCCGUUACGUCCUAGACUAUCUGCGGGACGGCGGGCUCGUUUUACCCGAGUGUUUCCGCGAGCACAAACGUCUCGCGCGGGAAGCGAGACACUAUCGCCUACCUGGCUUAGAAAACGCCGUGAAAGAGGCCGACCCACGUCCACCCAAUCGCGAGCGAGGAUGUAUCACCGUGGGCUACCGCGGCAGUUUUGCUUUCGGUCGCGACGGACUCGCGGAUGUCAAGUUCCGCAAGCUCUCGCGUAUCCUCGUCUGCGGGAAGGUGACGUUGUGCCGCGACGUGUUCGGGGAGACAUUGAACGAGUCUCGGGAUCCGGAUCACGGAUUGGCAGACAGGUACACCUCCCGUUUCUUUCUCAAGCACUCGUUUAUUGAGCAAGCGUUUGAUAUGCUGCAAGAGCAAGGGUUCAAGUUGACGGCGAGCUGUGGCAGCGGGACGGCUGGUGGUGCGGCCGAACUCAAACCUGGCGUUGAUUCAGAGGAGAACCGUUGGAAUCACUACAACGAAUUUGUGUUCGUACGUGAUUAA